AAUUUUCAACAUCAAUAAUAUAACAAACAGCAAAACUAUGAUCGCCGUCGCCGCCGCAAAAACAAGCGGCGUGGUGGCGUUUUCCGAUCUGAGCAAUGAUAUUCUCGAAACCCACAUCCUCACGCGCCUAGACGGACCUUCACUCGCGUCCAUCAGCUCUUCUUCUUCACAUCUCCACGCGCUCUCCACUGAAAACCGUCUCUGGACCGGUAUAUGUCACUCCACUUUUCCGUCCACCGCCGAUUCUUCCCGUCUCCGCCGCCUCAUCUCCACCUUUCCCGGCGGACCCAGGUCAUUCUUCUCCUUAACUUGCCCUCUCCUAUUUUCCGAUUCCAUACCCUCCAAUUCAAACUCCCUGCUUCCGCCGGCGCCGGCGUUGAUGUCGGAGCUGAUCUCAGCUGUGGAUAUUCGCUAUAGAAAUCAUCUUAUAUUUUCUAAAGUUCAAGAAAUUGAAACGGAAAGCAAUUGGUUCCGAUGCUCUCCAUUUAGACUCGACAUGUUAGAACCGAAAGAGGGUGUUGUAACAAAUGUACAAUACCCAAAAAACGAUGACUCCGUUUGUGAAUCAAUUAUGGAAGAAAUGAGAUUGAGUUGGGUUUUGAUAAAUCCAAAUCCUGGUUUACAACAGGCAGCGAAUUUCUCGAGCUAUAAACCUGUGUCGGUUGAGAAACACUGGCUGAGCGGUGAGAUUAAGGUGAGAUUUCCGUCGUUCCUCGCCGGUUCUUCGUCGGAGAUGGUGCAGUGUGGGAUUGUUGUGACAUGUGGAGCAUCGGAGGGUGGAGAAUUGCAGGUUAGGGAGGUGACGUUGCAGGUAGAAGAUAUGGAUGGAAGACAUUUGAGCGGGAAGGAGAGUUUGGUAAUUGUGCAAAGAGCUAUGGAGGGUAAAAGGGGAAAAACGGUGGGAAAAGAAGAAGAAGGAAGGAAAAGGAUGAAAGUGUACGAGGAAAAGAAGAGACAGAGGAGAGAGAGAAAGAUGAGGAUAGAAAGCACAUUGGACAUGUUGUGUGUUGCUUUCGGUGUUUCUUUGACGGUUUUAGCCUUGUUUUGGGCUUUUUCUUCUUUAGUAUUUUCUUGUCGGUUUAUAGAAUAA